GAUGAGUGUUUCCAAUCAGGAAUAGAUGAAGAGCCAUUCACAAAAUGCUGCUUGCGGAGCUUCUGGCAAAAGCCACUUCCUGUCUGGCAAAAAGAAAAGAUUAAGAUAAAUAAAAACAAGGAAGCAGAGCUCUGACGUAGCUGCGGUUACAAAACCGUUCCCGACUCCCCUGCGACCCCACUGCACCGGGGACGGGGUGCAGAGAGGAGCUGGUGGGACGGGAGCAGGGACAUCCUGGUGACCUGGGGGCAUUUUUCUUCAUUCAGCUGUCCUCGGAGGAUCUGCUUCAGGACAUGGAAGUGUGAGAAGCCAAGACACUGACGCCGAUCUGCCCGAGCCCAGCUGGAGAGCCAGCCCUUGCCUUUUGCUUCAGCAGCACUAACACCAGAGGCCACAUCCCACCGCCCGCCCAGCAUCCAUCCAUGGAGGCGAACCACAUGUCGCCAAAUCCCACAGCACCCACGCUGACCACCGAUGGAGAUGACCCGUGCAGGAUGGACGUAACCGACAUGGCCAUAGACAGUGUCACAGUGCUUAUCUGCCUCUGCGGGCUGGUGGGGAACGGGGCCGCCCUCUGGUUCCUCGGCUUCCGCAUCCGCAGGAACCCCAUCACCGUCUACAUCUUCAACUUGGCCAUUGCUGACUUCAUCUUCCUCCUCUUCAUGGUCACCUCAUCCCUCCUCUACAUGAUGGAGAACAUCUCCUGCUCCACUCUUUUGUCCUUGAAGUACAAGAGGUCACUUUUCCUGUUCUCGCUGUUCUCCUACAACACGGGCCUGUAUCUUCUGACGGCCAUCAGCAUCGAGAGGUGCAUGUCCAUCUUCUGCUACAGCAUCCGCCAUCCCCAGCGCUUGUCAGUCAUGGUGUGUGUCCUGCUCUGGUCCCUCUCCAUCACUGUCAUUGCUGCAGUGACAUCUCUGUGCCUGUUGUACGACUACGAGCACUGCCGGGUGGCUCUUAUUUCCAUGUACAUCCUCAACUUUGUCGUCUUUGCACCACCCAUGGUCAUUUCCAGCACAAUCCUCCUCAUUAAGGUCCAGUGUAGCUCCCAGCAGCACCAACCCAAGAGGCUUUACAUCGUUAUCUUCCUCACCGUCCUCUUCUUCCUCCUCUUCGCUCUUCCCCUCAGCAUCUGGAAUUUCCUGCAGCAGUUCAGCUACAUGUUUGUGCCCUCCCAGGUUGUUUUCCUGCUCGCCUGCAUCAACAGCAGUAUCAACCCCUUCAUCUACUUCUCGGUGGGGAGCUGCCAGAGGCAUUGCUCCUUGCUGUCCCCCCAGGUCGCCUUCCAGAGGGUCUUUGAGGAGCCGGCAGACAACAUGACAUUCAGCAGUGACACAACGAUGGACACGCUGGCCCCAGCCUGUUGAAUCCUUUCCACUGCUUAAUGCCCCUGGGACAAUGGCUGAGGGAUUCCUUGAGCAGACGGAUGAAUACAUUUUCUGCAGUAUUUUCCUUGAUGUUACCCUCUUGUGGUGUAAUUCUUCACCCUGCAGAAGAGGAGAGCAGGGGCCUCGACAAGGUUGAUGUCAGGAGGGAAUUUGUGUUCACGCUCAGCUUUCUGCCCCCUGCCAGCCCACCCCAAGUCCUGCAACACUCUUCCCCAAGGGCAACAUCCCCCAGAGGACCAUGUUCCCACCAGCUUUUCAGGAUGAGCAUUGCCUUUGGGAAACUCUGACUCAUGUACAGUGUGGGGGCAAAACCCAUUUGGUGCCCUAAGCCCUUGUCCCCAUCCUGUGUCCCAGCCUGUGCAGCCUCCCUGAGCUCUGCUCACCUCCCAUCCCCAGCAAUGCCAGCGGGGAGACCCCAGCCGAGACCCCACCGCCCUCCCCUCCCACUGGUACCCGGUUCCUGUAUCCCACCGGUACCCGGUUCCUGUAUCCACCAGUACCCAGUUCCUGUAUCCCACUGGUACCUGGUUCCUGUAUCCCACCGGUACCCGGUUCUGUAUCCCACUGGUACCCAGUUCCUGUAUCCUACUGCUGCCUGAUGUCAAUAAACAGCAUCAUUUAAUAAAUA